CACUCCAAAUGACGAGUGAAAGUGGAAACGGUGACAAAGGUGCUCGAUAGGACACAUAGAUCGUCGGGAUUUGGAUCUGUGAAAUUCUGUUACCGCAGAACAUUAAAAUUAUUAAUUUACAAUCAUGUCAUCGGUUGGGUUCUUUCCGAACCUUUCCGAAGAACUUCUAUUGAAAGUCGCUAGUUAUCUUCCGCCGCGAGACCUUCUUCGGUUUCAGUGCGUGUCGAAAGAUCUUUCAAAUCUAGACACGGAUUCGAUCUGGGAAUGGCACUGCGAAGAGCGGUGGAAACCGUGGCCACGAUACCGACUCACGGACCAAAAACGGGUCGAGCUGAACUCUGGGGGCACUGAAACCUUCGGCAUGACCUGGAAACGGAGGUAUAUGUUCAUCGAGAAAGAUGCAACCAGAACCACGCUUGUGUCGCGAGAUCUACAAAACCUGAAAUGGUACCUGAGCUUCGUCUUGUCGGGCAUACGGGGCGAGGGCCGGUCCGACCACCUACCCAUCGAGUUUGCCUUUGGCGAGGUUUUGCUCGUGCCGGGAUAUCCCCCGCUCUCGUACCAGAUUGUGAACAAAACACCGCCGUCGAAUGGUGAUCGCAUCCGAAAGAACCUGAGGGGCGAUCAACCGUUCUCUAGGAAGCAAUACCUCAAGAUCAGCAACUUCCCCCCGCAUCUCAUUUCCCGAAAGAAGUCCGAUGCCGAGUGGCUGAUUGGGAACGAGAAUGUUAUCAUGGUAAGCCGCGGCGAGUUAUGAUGCGCUGCUACACCCUCUCAAAAACCCAUGCCUAAGGAAAGAAUGCCAAGUACAUUACAACAAGAUUUGGCGAGACAUUUCGAUUUUUUUUAGGGUGCUGUGUUUUGGAACAUCAUCACCACGUCAACACAUUACAUACAGUCUACAAGCAUGAAUGCCUCACUUUUUAAUCCCAUCGACCCAUUAAAAAGGCACUUGCACUAUGUUUUUUGGUUCGAGUAAAACAAUCACUACAAAGGACAUCGCACUUUUCGUCGUAUUAUUUGAUUGCGAUAGGCGUCCGCUGCUCCACCCAGCCGACUGUCCGGAACCUGAUAUUCAUCUAGGAACGUCGUUGAGAAAUGAUGUUUUGCUCUUCUCUUUUUUUCACUUCCCAUGUCAUUGCGGCAUUACGUUCGAAAUUGUAUCGUAUUUUUAGAAGUCUACUUUUUUGCGGCAUCAUUUACUAGAUGCGUUGUGUCGAUUCGUGCUUGACAAUAGUAUAUGCUGUUAGUUCUUUGUCCGAAGAAAACACGAAUGUCAUUCCAACUUCACCAUGGAAUAAUGUCAGCGUGACAGU